CUCCAAAUAAGCUCAUGAAUAAAGCUUUUCAAGCCGUCUCUUCCAAUUGGAAAAGCUAACACAGUUGCAACAGAAAUGGCUCAUGUAGUUAAGCCUCUAAUGAAUUGGCCAAAAUGGCAUCACUAUUUAUACGUUCGCGCCUCAUUCAUUCACCUGGUUCAAUCACCAAUUCCACUCUUCUCGAGCAGUAGCGUCCGUCAACCGCCGUUAUCCACGGCAUCACAUUCCGCUUUCCGGCAAGCUCAUUUUCGUUCCGGCGCCGCCGUUAAAUCGCGUGAUACUCCAUUACCUUCGGAUCCCUAUGAGAGUGAGAGUGAUUCCGAUGGCAAAACAAGGAAGAGUCGCAACGAGAAGAAGCGUGAAGCUCGACGCGCUGUCCGGUGGGCCAUGGAUUUAGCUAAGUUCUCUCCUCCUCAAAUUAAGCGCAUUCUCAGAGUGGCUUCAACAGAGCAGGAGGUAUUGGAUGCCGUCCUGCUAGCCAAGAGACUAGGUCCUGACGUUCGAGAAGGAAAGCGAAGACAAUUUAAUUACAUAGGUAGAUUAUUGCGGGAUGUUGAGCCUGAAUUGAUGGAUGGUUUAAUUCAGGCAACAAAAGAUGGAGACCAAACUAAAUUUCAGGCUUUAUCUGGUUCGGAACUUUCGGCUAUUGAAGAUGUUGAUGAAGAAGUUGAAGAGACUGAAUAUGAGGAUGACGAAGAUGAUUCUGAAGAUGAUACUGCUUUAGCUGAUAGAUGGUUUGAUGGCUUGAUCAAUAAGGACGUUGACAUCACAAAAGAAAUUUAUUCACUAAGAGAGGUUGAUUUUGAUCGCCAGGAGUUACGUGGUCUUGUUAGGAAAGUACAAUCAAUACGAGAACAUCGGAGCAAUUCAGACGAGGACGAAGGGAAAGUAAAUAGUGAUAUCGUCCGUGCAGAAAGGUCCCUCACCCGUUUCCUUCGAGGCCUAGCCAAGCAGCUUCCAGCUGAAUAGAGUAUCAGAUUCAUCUGGGAGCAUUAUACUACCACAUGGCCAUCAAUAGAUCCAAGCACAUUAAAGUGUACUCGUGAUACGUCCUAGUACAUGCAUGUACUAUCUGGAAGUUAAAUCUCAUUUCUCUGCCUCCAUUGGCUCUUAUUUCCCUGUACUAUUUUUGUCUUUUUUUUAGGGGAGGGGGUUUGUAGGAGAUUAUUCUUUAUAAGCCAGAACAUUACUGUAUUUUUGUUUGGAACUAGAGUAUUUGAGUUAAAAUCUUUGAAUAUUUGCAAAACAUCUAAUGCAACGUGUACAAUUUUUAAAAA